GAACAGAAGGUGUUAUCCAUCCCUCACGGACAGAUCACGAAACAGCCACGAACACCAAAUUUGUGUUCAGUUUUUCUUUAUUUUAAGCUGCUGUUUUUCAGAAGGCGCUUCAAUAAGAAGAAAACAACUGGGGCUCUUUUACUGUUCACGGGCCUUUAUUUCAUACAAAGAGACCUGCAAUGUCUCUGAGAGGUGAUGUGUGUGUGGUGACGGGUGCCUGUGGAUUCCUGGGAAAGAGGCUGGUGAGGCUGCUGCUGGAAGAAGAGAAAAUGGCUGAGAUUCGACUGCUGGACAAACGCAUAGAGCUGCAGUUUUUGCAGAGUUUGGAGGACUGUAAAGGUGAGACAAAGCUGAGUGCUAUUGAAGGGGACAUCAGAGACGGUGAGUUCCUGAAAAAAGCCUGCCGCGGUGCAUCAGUCGUCUUCCACGUGGCGUCCAUCAUUGAUGUCAGUGACUCAGUGAAGUACAGUGAGCUUUACGGGGUGAAUGUCCGAGGAACACAGUUGCUUUUGGAAGCCUGUAUUCAAGAGAAUGUGAUGUCCUUCAUAUACACCAGCACCAUCGAAGUUAUGGGUCCAAACCCCAAGGGAGAACCUAUAAUCAACGGCAGUGAAGACACAGUUUACGACAGCACUUUGAAGUUCAACUACAGCAAGACCAAAAGGGAGGCUGAGGAGAGAACCCUGCAGGCCCACGGUGAAGUGCUCCAAAACGGAGGCCAGCUGGCAACCUGCGCCCUCAGACCCAUGUAUAUCUAUGGAGAGGGCUGCCGCUUCCUCCUAGGCCACAUGGAUGAUGGGAUAAGAAACAGGAAUGUUCUGUUUCGCAUGUCACUCCCCGAGGCCCUUGUGAAUCCUGUCUACGUGGGCAAUGUGGCCACCGCUCACCUCCAGGCAGCCCGCAGCCUCAAAGAUCCACAGAAAAGGAUUGCCGUUGGAGGAAAGUUUUACUUCAUUUCUGAUGACACUCCACCUGUGAGUUAUUCAGACUUCAACCAUGUCAUGAUGUCUCCUCUGGGUUUCAGUAUUCAAGAGAAACUCCAGCUGCCACUCAGCCUCCUUUACUUAUUCUGUUUCCUUUUGGAGACACUGUCCAUAAUCCUACGGCCUUUCAUACGCAUCAUCCCACCAUUGAACCGGCAGCUCCUCACCAUGUUGAACACGCCGUUCAGCUUUUCCUAUCAGAAAGCCAAGAGGAAUCUGGGAUAUGUCCCCAGAUACAGCUGGGAAGAAGCACACAAACGCACCAUUGAAUGGCUCGCCUCACAGUUGCCAGCAGAGAGAGAAAAAAUCUGGUCUAAAUAGUUGAAAAAUUACUAAAAGUCAUUAGCACCACAUUAAAACAGUGAAACACAUAGGCAUAACAUGUGACAUUAACCAUGGAGUUGUAAAGUCCUGUUUUAAAGCCUAACCCUUACCUUACAGCCAUCACCAUUUUGGAUUUUUUUGUUUUGUUUUUGUUUCUUGGAGCCAGAAGUAACCAUAUUUUUAAAAAGUUUUAAGCUAACACUAGCAAGUUGCAUUAGUAAUGUGAGAGUCUAGGGGAAUGACUCAAGCGGAACUACAGUUUUUAGCACUUCCAGGCUUCAAGAUUCCACUUUGGUUAAAAAAAAUAGCAACCUGUACAAUAAGUAUGUUCUCUGUAUCUGUUAAUGCCAUUGUCAUUUUUCACAUGAGUAACAGAUUUCCAGGUUUCCACUGACUGUUAGCAGAACUGUAUAGCAUGUAGGCAUCACUGAAAAACUUUUUUCAUAUGUUUGUUUUGUCUGAUAAUACAUCCAAAGCCACACAAUCUUGGGGGGGGGGUGGUUGACCUUAAACUCCAGGAGAUACUAUUUAAAUCAUUUAUUCUA